ACUUUUUCUUCGAACUUUUUUUUCCUCUGAAGCAAAAGAGGAAAAAGGCACGAGAGUGAUAAACGCCACGGUUCCUUAUUUCCUUCAUUUACUUGUGCUGUUGGAGAUGUGUCAGCUGCCGACCUACAGGGGAGAAGUAAAGCGUUUGUGGCGAGGAUAAGGGCGACGGCGAGUGAUUUUAGGCUGCUCCCCUCACAUAACGGAUUGUGGUCCUUUAUCAUGGAAGAUAGUGCAAAAGAGGAGCCAGCCCGGAGAAAAGAGCCCAAGUUCCUGGGUAAGGAGGGCUGGGUGAAGAAGGCCCCCGGCAGACUGUUGGCCAGCUACAAGGAGCGCUACGUCCAUGUGGAGAAGACGGAGAUCGUGGUGUAUGAAAAUGAGGAUCUGAAGAACUGCUUAGAGAGGCUUGACCUGGAGAACUAUGAUAAAUGUCACGAAUUAAAGAGUCCCUUCAAGAAGAAGCACAGACUGAUACUGAUCCGCUCCUCCAAGCCCGGAAAUAAGGUCCAUGAUGUGAAGUUCCAGGCUCAGAAUGCAGAGGACAAGGAGGCCUGGAUUAAAGCUUUGCUCGAUGGCAUUAAUCGAGCAAAGAACAAAAUCUUUGAUGAGGUGACGGUUGAUGAAAGCAUUAAUUUAGAGCACGUUACUCGAACAAGGCCCAAAGGGAACCGUAACCGAAGGCCACCGACCAGGAUACACAUGAAAGAGGUAGCUGAUGUGUCGUCUGAUGGUAUCCUGCGUUUGGACCUGGAUCUUGAGAAUGCCUUGAUGCCUAAUGGCACCCAGCACUCCAGUGUGGAUGGCACUCAAACCCCGAGAGAGGCCAUCAAAGCCUCGACUCCUCCGUCCAAUGCCGGUGAAAAUGCAGAGAAAAGGGAGGAUCCUGAGGAUGAGGCUCAGACUGAGCCGGAGGUCAGUCCCCAGAAAAAGGUCAUCAAACCUCCCAUGCCCCCUACCAAAGAGGCUAAACCUAACCCAACGCCUGAGGAUGAGCCUGAUAAGGAGGAAGGCUCAGAGAAAAGGGUCCUGAAGCCACCCAUGCCUCCAUCUAAAGAAGCCAAGCCCACAGCCUCACCUGAAGACACAGAGAAAGCUGAGCAGAUGUCUGAAAAGACUCCUGAUGCCAGGAAGAAGACAGUUCCACCACCAACCCCUCCCAACAAACCCGGCUCCUGCAGCUCCAUUAGCAUCCUAGCAGAGGCCUCACAGACCCACCCUCCUACCCCUCCAUCAAAAGAGAAGAAACCUUCUGUAGAGCCAGACCAAGAGGUGGAAGGCACAACAGAUGAGGAUGAGGAAAAUGAAGAAAGUGAUAAGAAGGAGGCGACAGGAAGAGCUGUGGAAACUGACCUCCCCAUUUCUAAAGAAGCUCCACCUAAACCUGGGAGUCCCAGCGCAGACGGGCAGGUAUUUGAAGAAGAAUCAGGGGAGACAAUAAGUAAUGGCAUUAAAGUAUCUGAAAAUGACCCACAAAUUCCCAAAGAGCAACUCAGAAUGAAUUCCAGCCCUCCUCCUACACCCAAGAAGAAGCCUGCUCAGCCCAACUCACAACAGGCAGACGACAAGACAACUGUAACCCAGGCAAAAGAGGGACAGGACCCUGCUGCUUCACUGCAAACAGAUACCGCUGCCAGUUCACCUGCAGCAGUAGAGGCUCCACCCAAGAUUGAGGUCCCUUCAGUCGUCGUCUCUUUGAAUACUCCGCUCUCUGACGGCCUCAGCCUGAGUCCGCUGCUCUGUCACCUGCCUGGGGAGAAGAAGAAGAAGGCGGAGGAGAAGUCUGUGGACAGCGGUCAGCACUCUGACGAUGACAGCGAAGGCUCUGGCAACGAAGAAACACUGGCAGCUUCCACCGCCGCGUUGAGAGGAAGCAACCCUGGGCUGGAUGUGUUGGACGCCAGCGAGGACGAGAUUCAGGUUCCCGUCACUUUGAAGCCAACAAAAGCACCACCCAAGCCUCAGGUCAAACCUAAGUUCUUUCCCUGUCGGCACUCCGAGCCCCCUCCUCCGUCUCUUUCACCCUCGACCAAGGCCAGGUCCGCCUCCAUUGGAGAUCUGCUGUCUGACUCGUCAGUCUGUGUUCAGGCACACACAGCUGUGGCUCGAGGCAACACGGCUCCUGGUGAUGAUUUCAUGAAACUUGAGACUGAAGUGGCGCUGGAGAUGGAAAAGACGCAGCAGCUCCUGAGCAGAGUGUCCAAGGCUAAGGGUGGAGCAGACGGGGAUGGAGUGCCAGAGGAUCUUCUGGCCAAGGCCAUGGAGAAGCUGAAGAAGGCUGACCACGUCCUGAGAGAGGUCCAUAAACUGAAAGUUGCAAAGGACUCAAGAAACAGGAACAGCUGGUAAAUGUCAGCCAGAGCAGGUUGACUGGGACCUUUUUCGAAUCGACCAUUCGCUAAUCCUCUCUUCUGAACAGUGGGUGUUCAAUCAUAGUUUAGCAAUCUGCAAUAGGCACGGCAAGCCUGUUAAGCUUUGGAUUUCUACACAAACGGUACGGUUUGCAAGGGGCUGAAGUAAAAAGAAAUAUUGGAUAUAAAAAGUUUUUUUCUUUUCCUUUCCAAAACUGAAAACGUGAGCGGAAAUGUAAGGAAUAGAUAACAUGGUGUAUUUGCCCGCUUUAAUGUAAGCUGCAAUUAUUGGCCUUUUUGUGUCUCAAUUUGGAUACUUCUGUAAACACUUUGACUGUGUAUACUGUAUGCAUUGUGCAUGAAUCUUGGGAAACUUUUCCAAAAGCUCUUAAGAGACUCGCUACCUUCCAUUCUUGUUCAAUGCUUAACCGCGUUCAGAGAUUUUUGCCAAGCAAGGAUUUCAAUCUAGGCACGUCCAUCUUUUGGUCCUUAUGAGCACUCAAUCCAGGUACUAAUAGUGCACUGCGUUUGACCAUAGUUGUUAGUGUGAACGCUCUCAAAUGAAGAAUUGUAGACACAACAGAUGCGUGGCUAACUAGCUUACGCUGCUACUACUGUACCUAUAGUCGCAAAUGAGCAUUACUUCCAAGGUCUUUCAAGUAGCUUAGCAUAACUAGCUCCCUUAGUUUGUGAGUUAAAAAAGCAAGCUCAGUUUACAUCUAGCACAUCCACUUUUUACUGUUAUCCCUGUCUUGGAUGCUAUUAGAGGUUAGCUAACCGUUAGCGGCUCUGUUUUAGGAAUGUUGCUCUCUUGCGACCCAAGCCAACAAGCUAUGGUUUCGUUUGACAAAGCCUUGUUCCUUGUAAUGUAAAAAACAUCCAUGCUGUGUUUUUGAUCAACUUUUUGAGCUAGUAGUAGGGUGUUCAGCUAGCUGAUCAAAUCUGUGACAGUGUCAUUUCAGCGGGCAAAAUCAACAUUUGUUGGCAAUUAAAUGCGAAGGUGCUUUUGUCGUAAUCUGAGUUAGGGUUUAGCGAACAGUCAAUUGAUUGACUUUCAUUUUGCAGCAGCACAUGCAACUCUUCGCUCAUAAUUAACUAUGUGCAAUUAUUUCUAGUUUAACUCUCUCUGCAGCUGCAGGUAAUGCUUAACAUUCUACUGUGUAUUUUUGUUGUUGUAUAUGAAAUAUCAAAUACAAUUUUCAAGAACAAUUACUUGAAAGUUAAUCAGAUAAUUAAUAAUAUAAUAACAAAACAGUACUUUCAUUGAAAAGAACAUGGAAGAAAAGUACUAAAAAAGUGUUAAUAAUAAUCAGGGGUGGUUCUAGGGGGGGCAGGGGGGGCCAGUGCCACCCUAACACUGACUUUGUACCCCCCUGUGGCCCCCCUGAAAAUGAAAAAAAAAAAAAGGUUUAUGAUUAAACGAUUUCUUGGCUGACGGAAUAGGCGUAACUAACGCUAUUUGUCUUUCUAGUCAGACCCAUUAGAGCAGGGGUGUCCAACACGUCGAUCGCGAGCUACCGGUAGCUCGCAAGCCCUCAAUAAGUAGCUCGCCAAGCAAAUCCAAAAAGUAAAAAAUACACACAAAAAAAA